AUGAAAACCGUGCUAAUCACCGGAGCUAACCGUGGUUUAGGCCUCGGAAUGGUAAAUUAUCUCACGAAGCAGAAGAAGGCGGAGAAAAUAUUUGCUACUUGUCGGAAUGCCUCAGAGGAUCUCACAAAACUAUCUGAAGAACAUACAAAUCUGCACAUUUUACAUUUAGACGUUAAAGACUUGAAAAGUUUUGGCGAUUUUGCGACGCAGAUCCAUCAGUUAUUAGGCAAUCAGGGCCUGAAUGUUCUUGUUAAUAAUGCUGGAGUAUCAACUAAAUUCACAAAACUUAGUCUAGUAAAGGAAGAGCAGCUACUGGAAAAUUUUACGGUGAAUACUGUCGCACCUAUUAUGCUCACUAAGGCUCUUCUGCCGUUCUUGAAACAAGCAGCUGAUAAUAACAGCGACAAACCGGUCGGAGCAAAUCGAGCCGCUGUUAUAAACAUUAGUUCAGUGCUUGGAUCUAUUGCGAAGAACGAUCAAGGCGGUUUUUAUCCAUAUAGGUGCUCAAAAGCGGCAUUAAACGCAGCAACGAAAUCGAUGGGUCAUGAUCUUAAAAAAGAUCAAAUUCUUGUAGCUUGUAUUCAUCCUGGCUGGGUACGAACGGAUAUGGGUGGCAAAAACGCACCGCUAGAUGUCGACACUAGUAUCAGCGGCAUUUUCAACACUAUAAGCAAGCUCGGUGAACCCGAUAGUGGAAAAUUCCUACAAUACGAUGGAAAUGAACUGCCAUGG